ACACAAUUUCCAACAAUAUUCUUUUCGUGUUAAGUGUGAGUUUAUCUGGUUUAUACACUGUGCUAUGGGUGUGGAGAUUUCAAUUGGUAUCAGAGCCCGCAUAGCUUAAUUUACUAGCUAUCGAUCACAUCAUGUGAGACAUGGAAGAAGGAGCAAAUGUUCAGAGACCACCUUUAUUGCGUGGACACAACUACAACUUCUGGAAGGGCAGGAUGAGGGCCUUUCUUAAAUCCCUUGGAGGUGGAGUCUGGAGAAGCGUGGAAACUGGGUGGUCUGAACCUCACAAAUUUUCUAAUGAUCUGACUACAUCAAGAAUCAAACCAUUUGAAGAAUAUAGCAGAACAGAAGCCAUUGCUGAUGAGUAUAAUGACAAAGCUUUGAAUGCAAUCUUUGGAGCAGUGGACUCUACUCAGUACAAGCUCAUCUCAAACUGUAACAAUGCCAAAGAAGCUUGGGAUAUUCUUGAAGUCACACAUGAGGGAGAUGAGGAAGUAAAGACUGCAAAAUAUCAAAUUCUGAUGACUCAAUAUGAAAAUCUGCGCAUGGAUGAAAAAGAGAAGAUCACUGAAUUUCAUGGGAGAGUUAGGGACAUUGCAAAUCAGGCUGCACGUCUAAAUGAAUCCAUUCCAGAAAACAAGCUGGUACUCAAGGUGCUAAGGUCACUUCCUAAAGAAUAUGAAAUGGACGUAAAAGCAGUUAGACGUUCCCACAACAUCAAAAACAUAACUCUCGACGCACUUAUGAGAAUACUGGAAUCAAUCAAACUAGACAUGGCAGAAGACAGCAAACGGUGUAAACCUGAUAGGCAGACAGCGUUUCCCAGUACUGAGGUAGAAGAUGACAGUGAACGUGAUUGGUCACUCGAUGAAGAUUUCCAAGAGCAGUUAUCCCUUUUCACAUGGCAAUUCAAGAAACAAUGGGUUCAGAAGAAAGCAAAUCAAAGACUUGAAGGCACCUCUAAGGGACUCUCACCAAAAGAUGCCAAGUAUAGAGAAACAAAAUACACAGAAAACCCUAACUAUACGAAGAAAAAAGGGCCACAGUGCUUUGAAUGUGGUGGAUAUGGGCAUAUCCAGCCUGAGUGUGCAAAUAACCUAAAGAAAAAGAGACAAACAUUCAAAGCAACAUGGAGUGAUGAAGAAACUGAAGAUCAGAGUGAUUAUGAAGAGUCCAACUGUGCAUUCGUUGCUAGUAUUUAUCCAGGAGAUGAAGAGAGCCUUGUAGAACAACUAGAGGACCUGCAAGAAAAAUGGUCAGAGCUCCUGAUGGUGAACAAAAGGAAUAUCACAGACAAAAACAGGCUGCUCUCAGAAGUUAAUGCAUUAAAAGAAAGGAUUGAAGGACUUACCAGUAAAAUUGAAGAACUUGAAGGAGAAAAAUCAGACUUAUUAUUCAAGUUAAAUCAACUGAAAUCCUAUCAAAAAUGGAUUAAGGUGGCUGGAGCAGAUGUGCUAGAUCAUCAUUCAAUCAUGGCAAAGCCGCCUGGAGACAUGACUUGCAUUGGAUAUACAGACAAAGGAAAGACGCCACAAUAUCUUGAAGUCAAGUUCGUUAAAGGAACUGAAGGAUCAACAUCUGCUAACACACAUCAAGUCAAAAGAAAUCAUCAAUCACUUGCACACAAGAAUCCCUAUCACCAUUACAGAUGCUACAACUGUAAUAAUUGGGGACAUAUACAACGUCAGUGUGCCAAAAGAUGGAGUAAGCUGAUGACAUCAAAAAGGUACAAACAAAUCUGGAUACCAAAACAAUAUGCCUCGGUGGCUAACACUUGCUAUAGAGUCACUCCAAAUCAAUGGCUCCUCGAUAACGGAUGUUCGCAUCAUAUGACCGGUGACAAAGAAAAUCUCAUGAACAUCAAGGCAAAUGAACAAGGAAGUGUUCGAUUUGGUGGUGGCACACUUAAUGUAUCAUGACUACCAUCUAUCAAAAAUGUAUGGUUGGUCCAAGGCUUACAGGUAAAUCUGCUCAGCAUAAGCCAGAUAUGCGAUCAAGGGCUUGAAGUAUUUUUCACACAGCAAAAGUGCAGAGUAAGAGACAGAAGCAAACAGGUGGUGCUUGAAGGUGACAGAACAACAUAUAAUUGCUAUAAAAUAACACCAAAUGU